AGAUGACUUGAGGAUGAGAACAGAACAUAGCAUAUAACUAUAUAAACCGUAAGAAACCGAGCACAAGAAUUUACCAACAACACCGUACCUCUAAAAACGGAAAUUACAGUAAUAAAGUAAAACAUAAUAAAAAAUGGUGAACGUUUGUCUUUUUGUUGCUGACGGAAACGACGAAAUUGAAUUUUCAGCUCCAUGGGGUGUUUUUACCAGAGCUCAAAUUCCUAUUGACAGUGUCUAUGUAGGUGAAAACCCAGAGAAGCUCGUCACAAUGUCUCGUGGCGUUCAACUCUAUGCCAAGCGCUCUUUGAAGGAGUUCAAGAGCGUUGAAGAAUUCGCUUCUCAUUACGACGUUGUCAUCGUUCCCGGUGGUGUAAAGGGUGCAAAUACCCUUUCCACUGACGAAUUUGUAAAGAAGGUCGUUAGUUCCUAUUGGAAGAAGGCUGGUAAGGUCAUUGGUAUGAUUUGUGCCGGUACUUUGACUGCCAAGACGACCGGUCUAUCUGCUACUGAAAUCACUGGCCAUCCUUCCGUUCGUAAGGACUUGGAAGAAGCUGGUUUCCGCUAUAUCCCACAACCAGUUGUUGUUGAAAAUAAUUUAAUUACUUCCAUGGGCCCUGGUACCGCUCUUCUUUGGGCCUUGAAGUUGUUGGAGCAAGUUACUACUAAGGAAACAUAUGACACCGUAUACCAAGCUCUCACCAUGCCCGAGAAGCAAAUUGUUUAUGCAGCUAACCGAGAAUAAAUGAAUGUAUAGAAUUGGGUUCAUUUGGAGUAGUGAUCCAUCCUUGAAGAGGGAUGUGCAUUUUGACGAAGGCUAGUAGCAGAGGAACCAGUCUGUGUGAUUGGAGCUGCGGAAGAAGCCAUGAGUUCUGCUGCUGCUGCUGCCUGAUUUGAUGAUUUUGAUGAACGUUUUUCUUUUUUCUUUUUGAUGACCCGAUUCCCAUGGUAUUUAGUCCUGGAAUACAGCGAAUUACGAACCUUUGAAUCUAAAGUUUUGUCACUAAUAUCUGCUGGCGUAACAUCAGAGUUUGCACGACUAUAAGUAAU